AUGUCGCCAGUUACAGAGGUCGUCUUUAUUCCUCUUGCGGAGGGUCAACACCCAGAGGACCCUUCCAGCAGUCUCAAGCCUGCCUUCGACAAGAUUCUCCAGACCAUCAUAUCUCAGCCUGGCGCACAACGCCUUCAUUGGGCACGACAGAUAGAAAAUCCCACCAUUGCCACCAUGUUCAUCGAUUGGAACUCCAUCGCAGACCAUCAGAAGUUCAUAGACUCUGAGCCUUACAAGCCGUUCAUGGAAGAAGUUCUCGGGCUUACCGCCGGCGCACCAACCUUGCACCACGUACACUUCAAUCCACAGCCAACCGACGCUCUGACCCUGGGAGGUGCCAGUGAGGUGCUCAGCAUCUACUUCCCAGCAUCCUACUCGGCCGAAGACAUCAAGGCCUUUGAAGCCGCCUGGGCGACAUUCGAGAAAAACGUCACGGCCUCCACAUCAGACGUCAAGUCCGUUUCCGUCGGCUGGGCUGAGGAGGAACUCACCAUUCCCGGUACCGAGGAUAAGGGCAAACUUUUUCAAGCAGUGAUUGGUUGGACCACCAUGCAGCAUCAUCUGGACUACAGGAAUACCCAGACCUUCAAGGACAACAUUCCUGCGUUACGCGGCGCCAAGGAAGUAAAGGCCGUUGUCGUCUUCCAUAUCACAACUCAGGAGGUCAAGAAGCAAUAG